AUGCUCGCCUCGCGCCGUUACCACACCAUCCGCAACCUCACCCUCCCUAUGAAGGCCUUCCUGGUGACCUCGUCAGGUACCUUCGUGGGUAUCAUCGCCGCCGAUCACGCCUCGCGGUCCUUCGAGGCUGAGCGCAACCAGCAGAUGCAAUGGUACGAGAAUCGCGAGCAGCGGCUGCGCUCCGAGGAGCUCUCCCAGCUGACCAUGGUCGACCGCGCGCUGCUCUGGGCCCGCCGUGAGAAGUACAAGAUCGUCGGUGUGACCUGGAUCGCCUCCAUGAUUGGAUCUUUUGCGCUUGUCGGCCGCAACCCCUACCUUUCGGGGCAGCAGAAGAUCGUCCAGGCGCGUGUCUACGCCCAGGGCUUGACCCUGGCCGUGCUGGUCGCGUCUGCCGGUUUUGAGAUCUCUGACCAGCGCAGGGGCAAGGGUCUCUUGGAGGCGUCGAAGGAGCAAAAGAAGAAGCAAGCGGCUGUGGAGAAGGUUCAGCAGGAGGAGUCCGCCGAGAGUGGCGACCUAUGGAAGGAUAUGGUUGCCGCCGAGGAGGAGCGAUUGAAGAAGAAGCAUGUGUCGUUGUAUGAGAAGCACGGUGAGCACGGCCACCACGGAAAUGGCCAUGCCGACGCUAAGGAGUCCGCUCCGGCUCCUGCUCCUGCUCCUGCCAAGGAGGAAGCCCAAUCGCCGGCGCCGGCAACCGAGGAGAAGAAGGAGAACUAG